AUGGCGGAAUCGUGGAAAAACAAUACGCAACUGGAGAACGAUUUAAAAAAAUAUGUAGCCUCAAAUAUGCAACGCUCAGAAAUUUUAGAUUUUGUGAGGAAAGAUUAUAGAAACUAUAGAUGGAGCUUAAGAACGCUAGAUCGAAGAAUGAGGCAUUUCGGCAUAAAUUAUAUUGAUGGUAAUGUACCUUUAGAAGUUACAAGGGAAGCAGUGCGAAAAGAGCUUGACGGCCCAGGUGCAAUGCUUGGCUAUAGAGCGAUGACUCAAAAGAUAAGACAAAAGUAUGAUUUGAAAGUCCUCAGAGCCCUAAUUCAUAACUUGAUGUUUGAACUUGAUCCCGAGGGCCUAGCAAGAAGGGCACCUGGUGCCAAGAAAAAAAAACCUAAAGGACACUUCGUCACUCCGGGUCCAAAUUGGACUUACUCUAUGGAUGGACAUGAUAAGAUGAUGGGAUUCCAAAAUUCGACAUUCCCAAUUGCAAUAUACGGAUGUUUGGACACUGCCAGUAGAAAAUUGAUUUGGCUAAAAGUGUGGACCACAAAUUCAAACCCGAUAUUUAUUGGCAAGUGGUACUUGCAGUCCUUGUUGGAAAGCAGUGUCUUGCCAAACUACGUACGCAUUGACAAAGGCACUGAGACAACAACUAUGAGCACUAUUCAUGCAUACCUCAGAAGUCAACAAGGAGAUUUAGAAGAACCAGCUGAUUCAAUUUUGUUUGGCCCUUCACCAUCAAAUCAGAUUGAAAGAUGGUGGAGGGAGUUGCAUGAUCGCCUGGAGAAGUACUUCAAAGUGGGUCUCAAUUGGUUAAAGGAGGAGUGCCAUUAUGAUCCACAAGAUGAAAUACAAAGAUUGAUGCUUGCAUAUGUUAUGGUCCCACUGAUGCAAAGAGAACUUGACGAAUUCCGUGAAACUAUCUGGAACACACACAGAAUCAGAGCACAAAGAGAAACAUUGAUGGCAGAUGGAAUUCCCAACCAUAUUUUUGAAUUCCCAGAGAGAUAUGGGAUGGAAAAGAAAGGUUUCAAGGUUACUCAUGAAGAUUUACAAAAGGUUGCUGAACUAUCUGGUGUCUUGGAUGCCCCAGAUGAUUUUUAUCAGCAGAAUUGCGUGCCUUGUUAUGAUAAACUGAAACCAUAUGGUUUUGCAAUCUAUGCUGCAAUAUGUGGGUAUAGUAGGCGCAUUCUUUGGUUGGAGGUUUUGAGAUCAAAUAAUGAUCCACAGAUUGUUGCUGGAAUUUAUUUAGACUUUGUUAAAGAUGUCGGUGGUUGUCCUCAGCGUGUGAGAACAGAUUGUGGGACUGAAAAUGUUGUAUUGGCCGGAAUGCAAUGCUAUCUCCAUGCAGAUGGUUUGGAUGAAUGGGCAAGUGAGAAAUCACAUGUUUACGGCUCUUCCCCAGCGAAUCAGAGAAUUGAGGCAUGGUGGUCCUUUUUAAGAAACUGGUCAGGGUGGUGGGUUGAUCUUUUUCAAGAUAUGUGUCAAACUGGCAUUUUAGAGCUUGGAAAUGUAUACCACAUGGAGUGUCUGUGGUUUUGUUAUAAUAGGAUUAUCCAACAAGAGCUGCAUAAUGUAAGAGAUCAAUGGAACAGCCACUAUAUCAGGAAAUCCCAGCAAGAAACUAUUGCUGGAAUACCCGAUUUGUUGUUUUUUAUACCUGAAUACUAUGGUGGAGAAAAUUGUCUUUGUGAAGCAUCGCAUGCCAAGAUAUGUGAGCUAGAAGCAAGUGUCCAAUGCGAUGAAGAGAGACAAAACAUUUUUCAAGAGUACUUUGAAUAUGUAUUUGAAAUGAGAAAUUGGCGCUCUCCGAUGAAUGUCAACGAAGCAUUUGAGAUGUUUCAGCAACUAGUUAACAUGAUGGAAUGA